UAUAAAUGACUAAUUGAGGAAAAUUAUCUAGGCCUUUUUUGGCUUUGUAAUGAUGCAACAUCAAUAGGCUUCUAAAAGGGAAGCAGUCAUGGAAAGAUUUCCUUUGAAGUCUACAACACCUAAAAUGAGCACAACAUAUCAGUCUGUGUACAAAAAGGGGUCGAGCGGCAGGAAUGGGGCCGGCCUGGGUGCGGGCGGGGCCGACGAGCUGGUAGAGAUCGCGGCGACGCGGCCGGCCCACGGCGACAGCGCGCCCACCAGCCACGGCACUUUCCAACUCUACGAGCACGGCGCCAGGAACAACCAGCCGGACAAUACUCCCAACUCUUGCAUUGCUCAAUAUUUUGGCGAAUCUACUGGGGACGCAGUUAUAUUUUCUGGAAUGCAGGGCGAUGACGAUAUCCCUGGCAUCGGUCAGUAUGACGACUUCCACACGAUCGACUGGCAGCGUGACAUCGCUCGGGACCGCAUGCGCCACAGAUACAUAGUCAAGAAAAGGCAAGACUCAAUAUGGGACUUAAUAAAAGGCGCACACGACGCGUGGUCGGGCUGGGUGUGCGUGCUGCUGGUGGGCGUGUGCACGGGCGUGGUGGCCGGCGUCAUCGACAUCGGCGCCUCCUGGAUGACGGACCUCAAGUUCGGCAUCUGUCCGCAGGCCUUCUGGUUCAAUCAAGAACAAUGCUGUUGGUCUGACAAUGAAACUACAUUUGAUCAUGGAAAUUGUUCACAGUGGGUGACUUGGCCCGAGCUGCUGGGAGGCUCCCGCGAAGGCCCAGGCGCCUACAUCGUCAGUUACCUGUUCUACAUAGUGUGGUGCCUCAUAUUCGCGGCUCUCUCAGCGUCGCUCGUGCGCAUGUUCGCGCCCUACGCCUGUGGCUCUGGUAUACCUGAAAUUAAAACGAUUCUCAGUGGUUUCAUCAUCCGAGGCUACCUCGGCAAGUGGACGCUGAUCAUAAAGGUCGUGGGCCUGAUAUUGUCAGUGUCCUCUGGCUUGAGUCUCGGGAAGGAAGGGCCCAUGGUGCAUAUCGCGAGUUGCUUGGGUAACAUAUUGUCAUAUUUGUUCCCUAAAUAUGGGCGCAAUGAGGCUAAGAAACGUGAGAUCCUGUCCGCCGCCGCGGCGGCGGGCGUGUCCGUCGCCUUCGGGGCGCCCAUCGGCGGAGUGCUCUUCAGUCUAGAGGAGGUAUCAUAUUAUUUCCCUCUGAAAACGCUGUGGCGCUCGUUCUUCUGCGCCCUGAUAGCGGCUUUCAUCCUGCGCUCGAUCAACCCCUUCGGCAACGAACAUUCUGUGCUCUUCUUCGUGGAGUACAAUAAACCGUGGAUAUUCUUCGAGCUGAUACCAUUUGUUGGGUUGGGGAUUAUAGGAGGCUGCAUCGCGACGAUAUUCAUAAAGGCGAACCUGUACUGGUGCCGCUACCGCAAGUACUCGAAGCUGGGCCAGUACCCGGUGACGGAGGUGCUGGUGGUGACGCUGGUGACGGCCGUGAUCGCGUACCCCAACCGCUACACGCGCAUGAACACCAGCCAGCUCAUCUACCUGCUCUUCAACCAGUGCGGCAUCUCCAACUCCGAUCCGCUAUGUGACUACAAUCGCAACUUCACGGACGUGAACUCUGCCAUCGAGAAGGCGGCGGCGGGCCCGGGCGUGUACCAGGCCAUCUGGCUGCUGUUCCUGGCGCUGGUGGUGAAGCUGGUCAUGACGGUCUUCACCUUCGGCAUCAAGGUGCCCUGCGGCCUGUUCAUCCCCAGCCUCGCGCUCGGCGCCAUCGCCGGCCGCAUCGUCGGCAUUGGCGUGGAGCAACUGGCGUUAAAGUACUCUAAGAUCUGGCUGUUCUCGGGCGAGUGCUCGACGGGCGACGACUGCAUCACGCCGGGGCUGUACGCCAUGGUGGGCGCCGCCGCCGUGCUCGGCGGCGUCACCAGGAUGACAGUGUCACUGGUGGUGAUAAUGUUCGAGCUGACGGGCGGCGUGCGGUACAUCGUGCCGCUGAUGGCGGCGGCCAUGGCGUCCAAGUGGGUGGGCGACGCGCUCGGCAAGCAGGGCAUCUACGACGCGCACAUCGCGCUCAACGGCUACCCCUUCCUCGACAGCAAGGACGAGUUCCAGCACACCUCGCUCGCCGCUGACGUCAUGCAGCCCAAGCGCAACGAGUCGCUGUCGGUGAUGACGCAGGACUCGAUGACGGUGGAGGACGUGGAGGCGCUGCUGAAGGAGACGGAGCACAACGGCUACCCGGUCGUCGUCUCCAAGGAGUCCCAGUACCUCGUCGGCUUCGUGCUGCGCAGGGAUCUCAACCUCGCCAUGGCCAACGGCCGGCGCAUGAUGGAGGGCAUCACGGGCCAGUCGCUGGUGAUGUUCGCGGGCGGCGCGCCGCCGGGCGGCUCGGGCGCGGCCGGACACGCGCCGCCGGGCGGCUCGGGCGCGGCCGGACACGCGCCGCCGGGCGGCUCGGGCGCGGCCGGCCACGCGCCGCCGCCGCUCAACCUGCACCGCAUCCUCGACAUGGCGCCCAUCACCGUCACCGACCAGACGCCCAUGGAGACCGUCGUCGACAUGUUCCGCAAGCUCGGCCUGCGCCAGACGCUCGUCACGCAUAACGGGCGAUUGCUGGGCGUAAUCACGAAGAAGGACGUCUUACGCCACGUGAAACAGAUGGACAACGAAGAUCCUAAUUCUGUUUUAUUCAAUUGAUUAAACGAAAUAAUAUAAAGCGA